AUGGAAAUAAACCAAGAAGUUGAUAUGAAACAUUGUAAAAUAGAAAUAGAUAAUGAAACCUGUGUUGGUGCUUUGGAUGUUUUCAAAAUUGAAAUUAAGGAAGAACCCAAGACUGAAACUGCAUACCACUCAUUUGAUUAUUUAAACCUAAAUGAAUUCACUGUAAAAAAUGAAGUACAACAACGUGAAGAUAAAAUUAAACUAUUUGAAGAAAAGCAACCAACAAAUGAAGAAAAUAUGGCAAUGUCUCGAUAG